AGAAACUUCGACGAUUUCCACCGCACGUGAGGAUUCGGUACAUCGUAAACACCUGUAAAGCAAAGUAGGAGUAAUACGUACUCCGCAAGAGCACCUCUACUUGCUUUAGAGACGCUUUCUAUUCCGUGUGAAGCACGAUACGGAGCGACACGUCUGCGGUUUAGAGGCCUUUGCUCAGUCUACGGUACACCUGUCUGAGUAGGACUCUUCCGCACACACAAGCCUUUUCUUUUUUCUUAAUUCACAUCUUAUUCCUCAAUGAGCUAAGUGCGUUACGUCACCACGAGGUGCUGCUUCACAAGGUCAGCAAGCCACAGCAUCUUUCUUUCGUCUUCUGCGUGGUAGCACGACUGUGCAUUGCACCUAGUAAACCGGAAACACAACAGCCGAGCUCGCUGCAUCUGCCCGCCCACUUCACGUUAUACACUGCAAAUUCCUUUCUGCUCUUUCAUUUUUAGUUUCAUUGUCCUUCUCUGUAUUAGUAGCAGAGCGAGAAGACGAGUUCGUGCUCUCGAAUUGGUGUCGAUUGGUCGGUACCUCGUAGUAGUGCGUCAACUUGUCGCUGUGCUUUUUAUUCCACCCCUUUUCUAACAUACAAAUCUUUUUAUUUACAGCGACACCCGUCUCGAACGCAGCCGCGGUUGGCACGCGCCCGUUCUCGACUCGACUGAGGGGCUAGAGUUUCUUUUUUUCUUAUCCCCCAUCUUUUCGUUCUCUCCUCUUUGCAGUAUACCCGCGUGUUUGCACUCCUCUCAUUUUGCUUGCUUUUGCUGCUUUCUUUUGAUAUAUAUUGAGUCGCUUCUCUGCAUAAUUAUUUCCUACUCUCUCCCCCUCUCCCCCUCUCCCAAUCCACCCACCUCAACAGCGAAUACUACCCGGUCAAUCGACGCCGCACACGUGUGCAGUCCGCUUGUCACGAUGGGCAAAAAGGCCGACAGGAAUCAGAAGAAGGUGACGAAGUUCAAGUACGGCGGGCCGGCGGUGAAGGGCGACAGCUACGCCCUCUUCGACGAUGGCCGUUGCUUCCGCGUGGAGGUGGGCAAGAAGAAGUGGUUCCUCUAUAACGACACCCUCGAGAUGGAGAUGCACAUCAACUUCACCUUCGAGCGGGGUACCGCGGUGCACAACGUCAAGCAUGGCCGGACGGAGAUGAAGCGCACAGGAGCAGGCAGCACGCAAUGCACCGUGAUCGUGUACCCCCUCGAGACGAUCCCCUUCGUCAAGCUCGACAAGAAGGAGGGGAUUGCCUACUCGGCCGUCAACAGCUCCCGCGGACUCGCCCCGGGGUACAUCGAGAAGGUGAACCGCGAAGCACGGCAGAAGUGCGCGGGUGAGACGCGGAAGGUGGCGGUAGUGGCGGGCGUCACGCACAGCGACGAGGAGCUGCUGUACAAGUGCCGCAAGAGCAGGAUACCGUACGUGGACAUGACUUUUCCCCCCGCCGAGGCGUCGCUGCAGCGGCCGUCCGAUACAAAGAAGGUGGCGAACCUGGAGGCGGUUACGUGGCGGCGGCCGCAGGACUGCAUUCCUGAAAUGGCCCACAAGGAGAUCAAGCUGUUCCGCGCGGGCGUCGACCCGAACGACAUUGGCCAAGGCAUGCUGGGCGACUGCUGGUUUAUGUGCUCCAUCGCGGUCGUGGCGGACAGCACGACGAUGAUCAAGGACCUGUUCCGCCACCCGGUGUCGAAGUCGAAGCGGAAGAAGGAGCAAAAGGCGGGCGGGUACCGCGUGUACAUCAACAAGAACGGGUGGUACCACAACGUUAUCGUGGACAGCUACCUGCCCAGCUACAACUGCGCCGUGUACUUUGGCCGCUCCGCCGGCGACCCCUACGAGCUGUGGGUGUCGCUGCUGGAGAAGGCGUACGCGAAGGUGCACGGCUCCUUUGCCUCCAUCAUCGGUGGCAACCCGCUGCACGCCCUGAAGGACUUGACCGGCUUUCCGGUGUACUCCUUCAACGACACCUGGAAGGAGGCCGCGUUCGACGAGGACAAAGCCUCGGCCUUCUUCAAGGUGCUGCUGCGGCACCGUCAGAGGGGCUACUUGAUCUCGAUCAGCACCCCUGGCACGGACACGAGUGCGUACAACGCGGCCGGGGCGAAGGCGAACUCCGAGGACCUGGAGUCGCGCUACACCGCCGCCGGCCUCCGCACGGGCCACGCGUACUCGGUGCUGAAGGUGCGUCAGUUUCUGAUGCCGCGUGUGAAACUGCUGAAGAUCCGCAAUCCGUGGGGCACCGGCGACGAGUGGACGGGCGCGUGGGGGAAGAACAGCGACAAGUGGAAGAAGCACUCGUUGGUGCGGCGCUCCUGCAAGCCGAGUAAGGAGAGCGACGGGACGUUCUGGAUGGAGUGGAAGGACGCCGUGCUGUACUUCGAGGGCGGUGGCGUGUGCAUGGUGAAGAAGAAGUGGUUCCAGUACAACUUCCAGGGCAAGUUCAUCGGCAUCCUCCCUUCUAUCGCGCUGAAGAUUGAGUUGAAGAAGAAGCAGAAGAUCUUCUUUACCCUCUCGCAAAAGGACCGGCGCAUGCUGAAGGACGGCGACCCGGAGCAGCUGUACAAAGGGCUUCUCAUCUCCGUCACCGGGUUCAACGCGGUAACCGACAUGCAGCAGGUCAUCUCCCUCAGCACCCAGAACCCGGAGAUCAACCCGCCAGAAAAGUACGAGUACACUGUCGCACGGGACGUGGGACUGGAGAUCGAGCUCGAUCCAGCGCGGAGUCCUUUCUACGUGAUCCCGCGUAUCAUGGUGGCCAACAAGGGCGGACCGAAGGACUACACGUUCGGCAUGUUGACACCGAACAAGUCCUCCGAGAAAGGGCUACGUGUGUCCUUUGUGCACCUCCCCGACUCGUGCCCCGCCUUUCAGCAGGUGUCGUCCUUCAAGAUGGAGGGGGAGGAGUUGCUGCCGACGCGGUUUCAGUACAAGAAGCGUGGCGGGGCGCCUCGGCUGAAGGAGGGCGUGACGGCCUUCGGGGCCACCAACGUCAAGGAGGAGUUCCCCUUUCCUUUCUAG